UGGGACCCCAGGAACAAUUCAGUACUCCAACAACAGACAUGUCAUUCUCAGUCAAUGACCCAAAACAUAAACACGCUUCCUAGCAGUCAUUUUACUCAUGUGAAUGCAGCUUCUAGUGACAAUGCACAGCAGAGAGUAAUGAGCUAUACUACUCUACAACUGCAUAAUAAUCCUAAUGUUAACCCAGCACCAGCUCAAGCAGACAGUGUUCAAACACUCAAUGACACCUCAGGUGACAGUCUGCAUUCACUCGGCAAUCUCAUUCCUCCUCAACAAGUCAUGAGUCCUAAUGUGGCCGUUAAUUCUGUAGCAGAGACAAAUCUGGGAUCUGCUCAAAUGUCUGCGUUGCCCUCUUACACUGACAAUUUGAACAAUUCAGUUCCCAGGGAUUCUCCAGCAGAUUACCUGCCGCAAACAAACAACGAAUCAUUCUCUGCAGUGGUGAAGUUGGAGAGAUCUGGAGAGACGGCUUUAGGUUUACCGCUUCUUAACAAUGAAAUUCCUCCAUCAAACGGGAGUUCUCCAAGUUCUCAGAGUAACACUGGAAAUGUGUCAAAUGAUGGGGGCAAAAAAAGAGUUAAGAGAAGCAGAAGAACAAAAUGGCCUGCCAUAAUUAAAGAUGGCAAGUUCAUUUGCCGCAGGUGUUAUAGAGAAUUUCAGAGUCCCAAAUCUCUGGGAGGACAUUUAUCUAAGCGGGCUUAUUGCAAGUCAUUUGAUGAAGCUGACCUGACAGCAGACCUCCCCAGCUCA